AUGAUGCCCUUACAACUCCGAAUACGCCUUGAAAGGGCGAAUCGCCACAAUAUCGCGACGCUAAGGGCCUCGCCCCUGGCCGAGAUCUCAGGCGCCUUCGGGGAUGCGGGUACUCUCUUACCCAUCAUUGUCGCCCUUGCCCUCCAGGGCUCCAUAAAUCUGGAUUCGACCCUGGUUUUCUCGGGGCUUUUCAACGUGCUGACCGGGGUCGUCUUCGGUGUGCCCCUCCCGGUCCAGCCCAUGAAGGCUAUCGCCUCCGCCGCUCUUUCCGGCCGUGGGGAUCCACAUCCAGCUUCCGUCGCUGGUGCCGGCGUCAUCGUCGGCCUUGUCAUUCUGUUUCUAAGCGCCACGGGUCUCUUGCAUCAUGGGACCCGGCUCGUUCCCUUGCCCGUGAUCAGGGGCAUCCAACAUGGAGCCGGCCUCUCGCUCAUCAUCGGCACCGGGUCGGGAUUAUUGAGCCAGCUCGGCUGGGCCAGCCCAGCCCUCGAUAACCGGCUAUGGGCACUAGUUGCCUUCCUCCUUCUCCUCGGUACCCAAACUGUAGCUCGAUUCCCGUAUGCUCUCUACGUACUCGUCGCCGGCCUUGUAUUCUCUCUCAUCUCCGUCUUGACAUCUGGCGAAGCAGCCCAACUACCAUGGUUCAGCUUCUGGCGCCCGCAAAUCCUCGCUCUGGAGGAUUUCUUCCGAUUCCGGGAAUCUUCACUUACCAUGGCCAUUGGACAGAUCCCUCUCACAACUCUCAACUCCAUCAUCGCCGUCAGUGCUCUUUCCGCAGAUCUCUUACCCCACCUCCCAUCCCCUUCAGUCAACGCUUUAGGGUUUAGUGUUGCAGCGAUGAAUCUCACAGGGCCGUGGCUUGGAUGCAUGCCGCUCUGCCACGGUUCCGGUGGGCUCGCAGCCCAGUAUCGUUUCGGCGCCCGCAGCGGAGCCAGCAUCAUACUUCUCGGCCUGUUCAAGCUCGGGUUGGGCUUGUUCUUUGGAGGCACUCUAGUCGACCUACUAGCGCAUUUCCCCAAGAGCUUACUUGGAGUCAUGGUUCUAGCUGCAGGACUAGAAUUGGCAAAGGUCGGCGCGACUCUUAACCGCGGGCUGGUGGAACCGGACUGCGGGACCCAUGUCGAAACCGGCACUUCGGCAGCAGAUGGUUCUUCAAGGCCGCGGCGACCGGGCAGGCCAUCUGCUAGGGAGAUGGAUGAAAGACGCACGGUGAUGUUGAUGACGACUGCUGGGAUACUGGCUUUUAAGAAUGAUGCUGUCGGUUUUGCUGCUGGCAUGCUCUGCAGUUGGGCGUAUCGUCUUUCAGACAGGGUCACAGCCUGGAAGCUGGCCAAAUCCGCUCCUUCGGACACUGCCCCAUUGCUAAACUAG